AGCCAGAUGUCACCGAGGUUACGAAUUUAGUAAUCCGCCCAGUGUCAACUAUUUACUACAAUUUUGUGGUGAAUAAAUUCAGUUAGAAAUGGACGAAUCUCCAUCGAAUGAAGAUGAUAUUGAUAUCUACGCCGACUUAUCUAUUCCCCAGGACAAAACUAUCGAGCAAUGUAAAAAAUGCCUCGAAUUAGAAACAGAGAUCGACGAGUACAAAAAGAAGGUAUUGGGCCUUCAGAAAGUCAAUCGCAAUCUCGAACGAAACGUUUCCUCGCUUCUAUUGACUGCAAAAGGUGAAGUUUCGAGGAAAGAUAGAAUGAUAGCAGAUCUUCGACGACAGUUGGACGAUGCAUCCUUUCGACGAGGCAACUUCAAACGUCACGGCAAUUACAAUCACAAUUUCGAGUACAAUUGUGAACCUGCCGAAGUAACUUUUGGAAUGGACGGUGUUGUCUUCAAUCCAAGUAGACCACCGCCCUCAAUUCCAGCAAAUCUCAAGACUGAUGUGCCAAUGCCUCCACUGCCUCCAUUCCCUCCACUUCCCGAAGAUUUCAAAUCUCACCUACCUCCACCUCCACUUCCCGAAUAUUGUCCAUCACCUCCAACCUCUCACAGCAAUUUCAAGACUGAAUACAUAACUCCCCGUUCACCAGAUAACCAGGACGAGGCCGAAUACAUUUGCAAUCCGGAUUUCUAUCUCCAGGAGGAGGAGGAGGAAGAAGACGAGGAGCAAAAGUUCGAUGAUGGAAUCAACAGGGACACUCUCUUCUCGCAGAGACUCAGGAAACGGAUAGAGGAAGAGGACGAGCGUGAACGGAAGGAGAAGGAGGAGAAAGCAAUUGUCGCAGAAGCCGAGAGAAAGGAAAACGAGCGACUUCGACUUGAAGAAAUGAGGGGAACUAGUUCUUCAAAAGUUAAUCUAGAGAACAAGGAAAAUAAACCCAGUUUUGUAAAUAAACCUACGAAAAGAUCGCGUGAUUUUGAAGAAUCGAUUCCCGUGAAACGUCCGAAAAUGGAACCCUUGUACAAUCCAGCUUACGACGAUUACAGGGAAGACUGGGGCAACUGUGGAUCCGAAAGUCUGCAGAUUAAAGAGGAACCUGAGCCGUUGCGUCUCGAAUACGAGAAAAAGACCAAGGUGGCCGAAGAGUCGCGGAAUUUGGAAACGAGAAACAUAUUGGCAACGAGGCUCUAUCUUCUUUCCGGAGGGAUUCCUCCUCAGCGCGAGACGACGAGUCGAAACGAGGGUAAAAAGGAGGCGGAGAAGAGGAAGGAGGAGGAGAAAAGAGCUCGAGACAGGGAGAAGUACGAUCGCGAGAGAAGUGAGAAUGAUAAUUAUAAGGAUAAAUUUUUGCGGGAGAGAUACGAGAAGGACAAGUACAAGGAGAAACUGGAACGAGAGCGACACGAGAGGGAUAAAUUUAAUCAGGAAUGGUACAAGCAGGAGAGGGUGCAGUUUGAGAAAUUUGAGCGGGAAAAGUACGAGCGGAAGGAGCGACUCGAGAGGAAAAGAUCGCGAAGAUCGUUGAGUUUCAGUCCCGAAAGAAGCAGCAAGUUUUUCGAGAAAAGGGAGAGCAAGCGAGGAUUUCGGGACGAGUUCAAUAUCCGCGGGAGAGGGCGAUACGAGCGGUUCCAUCGGAAGGCGGAUUUGCGACAGAAAAUUGUCGCGAGACCGCGGAGUCGAAGCAAUAGUUGUGAACGCGAGCGAAAGUGGCGGGGAAAGGGAAAUUCGAAUUCGCGAAGUCGAAGCAGUAGCAAGGAUAAAAAUUGUCGUGAAAUUGAAUUUCGAAAGCGGGUGGUUUUCAGUUCGGGACGAAGCAGAAGCAACAGCAAUGACAAGCAUCACCGAAAUGGGGAUCGGCGAGUGCCAGUUCACGACUGCAAGGACAGGGCAGACAAGAUGCCAAUCGAGGGAAAUUCCUCGGAGAUUGCGCGAAGUAAGGAUAUCGAUCAGAGGAUGGAGGAGAAGAAGAGGAUUCUGGAAAUGCAGAAGGCUCGAUUGGAGAUGGAGUUGAGCAAGCUUGACGAGAAAAGUAGAAGUAGUAGUCGGGAAAAGGAGUGCAAAUUCAGCAGCCGCGAGAAGAAUGAGGUUGUUGCGAAGGAUCGUGAUUUUGCGAAUUUAUUCAAGAAAUUUAUGAAGAAGGACCUGGAGGAGGGUGAGCUCUCGGACUCGUCAACUUCGUUUUUCCAUUCGGCUCAGAUUCACGAAACGGAGAAGAAAGUUUCUCGAGAUCCGCCGCUUACUGAAAAGAAGAGGGAAGAGAAUAAAAAGAGUGAAAAGUCUAAGGUGGGUGAAGGAAGUGAAAUCGAAAAUAUAACAAAAUUAUUGAAGCAGGCAAAAGAAGAGUCUCUUUCCUCGAAUAAAGUUCCAGUCGAUGAUAGGAAGAGACUAGAAAUUCCAGAAGGAACUUCAAAUGAGAAAUCUAAGGAGGAUAUUGACUCAGUUGCUAAAAAAGAAAUUUUGGUUGCACCUCAAUUGCAAAAUAAGAGCGAAAUACCAAUAAAAGUAAAUACAGUACUUGGAAAAGUUGAUUCAAUUCAAUUUUCUGAAGCGGGCAAGGACAAAAAAUUGGAUUCAGGACCUGUCGUUCAUUCAAACUAUAUAGAGAAACAUGUACAGAGUCUUGAUUCGUUUAUUGAGUCUGCGAAGCAAGCUUUGGAGGAAAACAGAUUGGAGGAAAGCGAAAUUGAAAGAGUAGCAAGACAGGCCAAGGAGAAACUUCAGGAAGAGUUGGAGAAAGAGUUGAAAGAAGUGCAAAGGCAGGCUCUGAAAUCAGAGAAAAAUAUUAAUCUUGAACCAAAAAAAGAGGAUCUGAAUAAAAAAGAGGAUCAGAAUAAAAAUGAGGAAAAAAAGAAGAAACUGACGAAAUGUAUGAAAGAUCUUUUUAGUCCGGUGAAGGACAGAAAAAAUCCGAAAGAAAGUCCAGCGAAAGAAAGGAAAACUAGACGUAAAAUAUCAAAGGGAAAAGAAGAACAAGUUUCGAGUCCUUUGAAACAAAAGAUAAAGCAAAAACGAAAUGAAUCCAAAGCAGAUGGAAAAGAAGUAUCCACUUCAGUAGAAAAUGCAGAAAUUAAAGUUCAAGCUCUAAAGGAGGAAGAAAUAAAAAAAGUUAAAAAAGAUUUAGAAUGUAAAACUGACAAUGAGAAUUUCGAAAUUAAAAAAGAAUCUGUGGAAAGAGACGGAAAAGAAAUUUCAGCUCCUGUAGAAAAUGCAGAAAAUAAAGUUGCAGAUUUAGAAAUUAAUAUUCAGAAUAAAGAAGGUAACGGAAUUAAAGAGGCGAGAGAGAUUUUGUUGAAGGAGAAGAAAAAUAAAAAGAGAUUGCCGAAAGAAAAAGAAGAGGAAGUUUCGAGUUCUUUGAAAGUGAAGAAAAAACAGAAACGAAAUGAAUCCAAGGAAAGUGACGGAAAAGAAGUUUCGACUCCGGUAGAAAAUGCAGAAAAUGUAGAGGAGGUAGAAAUAAAAAAACUUGUUAAAGAAGACUUAGAAAUUAAUAUUCAGAAUAAAGAAGAUACCGAAAUUAAAAAUGAGAAAGAAUCGAGUCCUUUGGAAGAAAAGAAAAAUGAAAAAGUAAACGAAUCCAAGGAAAAAGAAGUUUCUACUCUGGUAGAAGCUGCAGAAAAUAAAAAUCAAAUUAAAGAAGAUUUAAAAAUUCAGAAUCAAGAAGAUGCCCGAAUUAAAGAGAAAGAAUUGAUUCCAGGCAAGGAGAAGAAAAAUAAAAGGAGAGUAUCGAGAGAAAAAGAAGAGAAGGAGAUUUCGAAUCCUUCGGAAGAAAAUAAAAAGAGAAAUGAAUCCAAGGAAAGAAACGAAAAAGAUAUUCCCAGCCCAGUAGAAAACAUAGAAAGCAAAGCAGAAAAUAUAGGAGAGGCAGAAAUUAAGAACCAAAUUAAAGAAGAUUUAGAAAUUCAGAAUCUAGAAGAUGCCGAAAUUAAAGAGAAGGGAUCGAUUUCAGUGAAAGAGAAGAAAAAUAAACGUAGAGUAUCGAAGGAAAAAGGACAAGUAGAAGAUGUAGAAAAUAAAACGCAAAAUUUAAAAGAGGCAGAAAUUAAAGAAGAUUUAAAAGUUAAAACUCAGAAUCCAGAAAAUACCGAAAUUAAAGAGAAAGAAUCGAUUCCAGUGAAAGAGAAGAAAAAUAAACGAAGAGUCUCGAAAGAAAAACGAAUUUCGAGUCCUUUGAAAGGAAAUGAAUUAAAGGAAACUGGCGGAAAAGAUACUUCAACUGCAGUAGAAAAUAUAGAAAUUAAAGCGCAAAACUUAAAAGAGGCAGAAAUUAAAGAAGAUUUAGAAGUUAAAACUCACAAUCAAAAAGAUGCCGACAUUAAAAUUCACAAUCAAGAAGAUGCCGAAAUUAAGCAGAAAGAAUCGAUGCCGGUGAAGGAGAAGAAAAACAAACGAAGAGUCACAAAAGAAAAACAAAUUUUGAGUCCUUUGAAAGAAAUAAAAAAAGGAAAUGAACCAAAGGACAGAAACGGAAAAGAUAUUUCAUCUCUAGUAGAAAAUAUAGAAAUUAAAGCGCAGAACUUAAAAGGGGCAGAAAUUAAAGAAGAUUUAGAAGUUAAAACUCACAAUCAAAAAGAUGCCGAAAUUAAAAUUCACAAUCAAGAAGAUGCCGAAAUUAAGGAGAAAGAAUCGAUGCCGGUGAAGGAGAAGAAAAACAAACGAAGAGUCACAAAAGAAAAACAAGUUUUGAGUUCUUCGAAAGAAAUAAAAAAAGGAAAUGAAUCAAAGAACAGAAACGGAAAAGAUAUUUCAACUCUAGUAGAAAAUAUAGAAAUUAAAGCGCAAGAGUUAAAAGAGGCAGAAAUUAAAGAAGAUUUAGAAGUUAAAACUCACAAUCAAAAAGAUGCCGAAAUUAAAAUUCACAAUCAAGCAGAUGCCGAAAUUCAGAAUCAAGAAGAUGCCGAAAUUCACAAUCAAGAAGAUGCCGAAAUUAAGAAUCAAGAAGAUGCCGAAAUUAAAGAGAAAGAUUCGAUUCCGGUGAAGGAGAAGAAAAAUAAUAAAAGAAGCUCGAAAGAAAAAGGACAAAUUUCGAGUCCUUUGAAAGAAAAGAAAAAGGCAGAAACGAGAUCGAAGAAACGGAAUGAAUCUAAAGAAAGAGACAGAAAAGUAGUUUCCAAUUCGGUAGGAGAUACAGAAAUUAAAAUACGAAAUAUCGAAGAUUUAGAAAUUGAAAUUCAGAAUAAAGAAGAUGCAGAAAUUAAAGAGGAGAAAGAAUCGAUUCCAGUAAAGGAGAAGAGAAAACGGAGAGUGUCGAAGGAAAAAGGAGAAAUUUCGAGUCCUUUGAAAGAAAAGAAAAAGCAGAAACGAAAUGAAUCGAAGGAAAGAGAUUUAGAAGUGGUUGCCCCUCCGUUAGAAGAUUCAGAAAAAGUGCAAAAGAUGGGAGAGGCAGAAAUUAAAAAUCAGGUAGAAGAUUUAGAAAUGAAAACUCAGAAGGAGGGAAAUACAAAAUCGAAAACAGAAGAAAGUAAAGCUGUAAGAACACUGAAAGAAUUGAACCCGCCAGAAUCGAAAAAGGAAGAUGGUAAAAAUUCGAGUCCAGUGAAAGAGCAAAGGGGAGAAAUUGAACCGGAAGUAGAAGUGUCUUAUAAUACUUCGGGUUCAGUGAAAGAGAGAAGAAAGAAAACGCAAACGAAAGAGGGCCAAUUAAAAUUGACUGAAGUCUCAAAAUUAAAGGAUACCGAAUUAAAACCAAAGGAACCGAAGAAACCGGUUCAAAAGGUGAAAGAAUCUGUUCCGGAAAAGUUCAAGACGAAAAAAGGAGAGGAAAAACCUAAGAAAAAAAUUGUGGUUGUUGUCAGAAGGAGAAGGAGACCUCCAGUUUUGUCUGAUUGUAAUGCUUCGACGACAAUAGUAUCAAAUGAGAAUGUAAUUACGAAUAUUAAGUUGAAUAACAGCGGUGACAAAAAUCUUCUUUCCUAAAAAUCCGGUUUAGUGGGAGUAUAAUUUUUGAAAUAUUUAGGGUUUGUUUAUUCUGUAUACUUUGUUUUCAUUUAUUAUUUAUUUAUUUCCAAGUCGAUAAAGUCACGAAAAGAAAAGUUGAAGAUAUGAAUUUUGAAUAUGUGAUUUUUGUUGGUUCACAAAUAUUUUGACUGUAUAAAAUAUGCCAGAGAAUACAGUUCUGUAUCUUAAAAGUGCACGGGUUUGAGGGUAAUUUUGAGGUUAAAUAAUGUUUAAGAUUUUUAUCUUCAUUUUUUGUUUUGAUUUCUUUAUUUUUUGUCGAAACGAAUCUAAAAAUGCCUCAUUUAGCCUCGUGAAACUAAACUUGUAUUAUUUUGUAUUAAAAUGUAAAUAAAGCGAAUGUUACUUUAAGCUUCGAAAGUUUAGAUAAACUAUUUUUUGACUACUAUGUAAAAAUUGGUGACAUAGAUAAACUAAUUUUUGUUGUAAAUCUGAUCUUAUUAAUUCGUUCUGCAGAACCCCUUUAACCCUGAAAGCGCAUACUGGGUGUAAAUGACCCAGCGACUUAUUUGCGUUUUCACAAAACGUACCAAAUUCAAGAAAUUUGAACAUUUGGCGCCAGAUU